CUGUGCCAGCCUGUGUCUUGGGACUUCAAAAUGCCAGAAACACUAAAUGAAUUGAAACGUCUGCAGCGCUCCCAAUUUGGUCAGCCAGAACCAAGGCAUGGACUUCGCCUUCUGUUUUGGUUUGCAAAUGAAUUAAUUGAAUUCAUCUCCAAUCAAAUGUUUGCUACAGUGCACCCGAAUACUGCUGUGUUUGGCUUCCACCCCUUUCACAACAGGCCAGAUCAUGAUGGUGACAUUCUUCUUCCUGAAACUGAGAAUUCGGAUUACUAUGUGGUUGGAAACCUUAAAAAUACAAAUGCUUACCAAUUCCCGGACUACGUCACAGAAAAAUACACUGGCCUCCAAGAUGACAGCAAUACUGAUCGCAUUAUUGUGGACAUGGAUGGCUGCAAUGUUUAUAGAGUGUAUGUAACUCGCCAUUUAGGACGUUCAAAUUUCUCACACAGUGAAACUUACCGCAUCAGCCAGGGCCUCAUAAGCGUUAUAAAGAAAAUGGAGGACUUGGAGGAUUUCCUGUCAAAAAUUGAUCCAUCAUAUAGGUUGCACUCCUUAGAAAUGGAUUUACCAAGGCUUCCACCAGUCAACCACAUGUGUCAACCAAAGCAUUGUACUGCGUCACUCUCAGGUAACAGAGAUACAUCCAUACAGCCAUCUCUGACUCAGUCAGGUAAUAUGUAUCAACCAAAAGAAUCACCUGUGUCACAGUCAGGUGACAGGGAUCCUCCAAAGGACUCGUUUUUGGCACACUGA